AUGGAUUCGUUCAUGCUGCAGGAUGCAGCCGCCUUGGACCGCGUGCGCUUGGCCCAGGAGUUCCUCGAUCCUCAGAAUGACUCUCAAGGACGCAGCUACAGAUCCGCCAUCAUCUUGAUGUUGCAAAAGCAGCAGAGAAGACUUGUCGUCAACCUCGACCAACUACGCGCCCAUAAUGCCGAACUUGCCUCUGGAAUUCUUCAAGACCCUUUCGACUAUAGUCUUGCCUUCAACCAUGCCCUGAAACAAAUCGUCAAGACACUGCCCCAGUCCGGCGAUGCGGAAAAGUUGAACGAGAUCUCCUACUACUGCGCAUGGGCCGGUAGCUUUGGCAUGAAUGCCUGCAACCCUCGCACAUUGUCCUCCCAGCACCUGAACAGCAUGGUGUCCCUCGAAGGCAUUGUGACGAGAUGCUCGCUGAUUCGGCCCAAGGUUGUCAAGAGUGUGCAUUACAACGAGAACAAGGAUGUCUUCCACUUCCGAGAGUACCAAGACCAGACCAUGACCAACGGAGUCACCACAUCGAGCGCUUACCCUCAAGAGGACGACGAAGGCAACCCGCUUACUACCGAGUACGGCUUCAGCACCUACAGAGAUCACCAGACCGUUUCCAUUCAGGAGAUGCCAGAGCGUGCCCCGGCAGGUCAGCUGCCCCGUGGCGUGGAUGUGAUCCUCGAUGAUGACCUUGUCGACAAGGUCAAGCCUGGCGACCGCGUGCAACUCGUCGGUAUCUACAGAACGCUCGGCAACAGAAACACAAACCAUAACAGCGCCUUGUUCAAGACGGUUAUCAUCGCCAACCACAUUCUUCUCCUGUCAUCGAAAUCGGGAGGUGGUGUGGCCACUGCCACUAUAACCGAUACGGAUAUUCGAAACAUCAACAAAGUAGCAAAGAAGAAGAAUCUUCUCGACCUCCUUUCCCAGUCACUCGCGCCCAGUAUUUACGGCCACGCAUACAUCAAGAAGGCAAUUCUUUUGAUGCUGCUUGGUGGCAUGGAGAAGAAUUUGGAAAAUGGCACUCAUUUGAGGGGUGACAUCAACAUCCUCAUGGUGGGAGACCCCUCCACGGCCAAGUCCCAGCUUCUUCGAUUCGUCCUCAAUACGGCGCCACUAGCCAUUGCUACUACCGGUCGAGGUUCCUCAGGUGUCGGUCUGACGGCCGCUGUAACUUCGGAUAAGGAGACCGGUGAGAGGAGACUUGAGGCCGGAGCUAUGGUCAUGGCUGAUCGUGGCGUGGUAUGCAUUGACGAGUUCGACAAGAUGUCCGAUAUUGAUCGUGUUGCAAUUCACGAAGUCAUGGAACAGCAGACUGUCACAAUUGCCAAGGCUGGUAUUCACACUUCGCUCAACGCCAGGUGCAGCGUUGUUGCUGCUGCCAACCCCAUCUUUGGCCAAUACGACACCCAUAAGGACCCCCACAAGAACAUCGCCCUUCCAGACUCCCUCCUGUCUCGUUUCGAUCUGUUGUUCGUCGUUACCGAUGAUAUCGAGGAUACUCGGGACCGGCAGGUUUCGGAGCACGUUCUGCGGAUGCACCGUUACCGUCAACCGGGGACAGAAGAGGGUGCGCCGGUGCGUGAGAACGCCGGCCAAGCCCUCGGCGUUGCCAUCAACAACCAAGCCGAUACCCAGCGCCCGACCGAUGUGUUCGAGAAGUUCGAUGCGAUGCUUCACGCUGGCGUCACUCUUACCACUGGACGCGGCGCGAACAAGAAGCCCGAGGUGCUCAGCAUUCCUUUCAUGAAGAAAUACAUUCAAUAUGCCAAGACCAGAAUUCGGCCUGUCUUGACUCAGGCCGCAUCAGAUCGCAUCUCUGACAUUUAUGUUGGCCUCAGAAACGAUGAGAUGGAGGGUAACCAGCGCAGAACCAGCCCUCUGACCGUCCGUACUUUGGAAACUCUUAUUCGUUUGGCUACCGCCCACGCCAAGUCCCGACUCUCAAAUCGAGUAGACGAGCGCGAUGCACUUGCGGCCGAGGCAAUCCUCCGUUUUGCCCUGUUCAAGGAGGUGGUCGAGGACGAGUCGAGAAAGAAGCGCAGGAAAACUCAGACCACCAAAUUUGCUUCGUCAAGCGAUGAAAGCUCGUCUGACGACGACGAUGAUGCAACCUUUAAGAAGACGACAACACGGACGCCCGUCCCAAGGUCCUCGCGGUCGACGCGAGGCGUGGCCCGGCCUCGGCGGACCGCUGGUGCCAGCAGUGCCAACGAAGAUGCCCCUGAAAGCGACGCGGAGACGCCUGCCGAGCCUGAUGCAGUGGAGGAAGCAGAGGAGGAUAUCUACGAGGCGACGCCACGGAGGUCCCGUCGUCGCGGUGAUGGCGCGGCUUCUUCAAGUGCGGCACCGCACACGCAAACAUCAUUUGCUUCAUCUCUGCCCGCUUCUCAGCUGCCUUCCCAGUCACAAGACAACGGCGAGGAUGAUGACGAGCUGGCAUCGGGAGCAGCUGGCCUCGCCAUUGCUGACGAACCCAUCAGUCCCCAGCGAUUGACUGUGUUCAGAAGCGCUCUUGGCCAGCUACUCAACUCGGCCUUGUUCGACGACGAUUCUGCCAAUGUCAAUGCUGUUCUGGAAGCCGUCAACACUAAGUUGCAGUCGCGUAGCGGCAGUGCCUUCAGCAAGGAAGAGGCCGUCAAAGCUCUCAAGAAGAUGGACGAAGCCAACCAGAUUAUGUACACCGAUGGAGAGCUUGUGUACAAGAUUUAA